UUACAAUCGCUUCCUCUCAAGCAGGUUGGCGAACUCGACUAUCCAACCGUCACAAUUCCAACGUGCGCGAGUGAAACAUCCUUAAUUAUUUUGCUCCAAAAUUAUCAUUGCCUUCUUUUUUUUUCGCAAUCAUGACCUUCAAUACAAUUAUUAUUUCCUAUAAUUACAAAGAAAGUUGGAUUUUUAAUUAUUGAAAAAACAAAACAUCUGCAAUUUCUAUUUCUAUAUGCGCAAUAUAACAGUUUUGAAUGUUUGCAAAAUGUAAUUUUAGACAAUUUUUUAAUUUAAUUUUCUAUUAUUGGACUAUUGAAGUCACGUAUAAUUCAAAAUAAUUUUUAUAUUUAUUCCAUCUGAUUCUUAUCCUUCGUUUUCUCUUCCUCUUUCGGAAUAAUAUUUACUAUCAACUAAAGACAAAAGUGAGUGCAGUGCAGUUGAAUCAUAAAAAAUAAUAAUUGUGCGUUUUUAAGUGUAUUGAUGAAAAAGGUGUUUCUGGAAUAACAUAUUUUCAUCAAAAGUUUGAAAACUUCAUUGAAGGAGUUUUUAUUAUCUAAAGGAAUUGCAACAUUGUGAUCAGCAAAUAAAAGUUUUAAUGACUCCUAUUUGAAAACUUAGCCAAACUUUAUUAGAAAGAAGAGAUUUUUAAAGAAAAUUUAUUGUAAUACGGCGCAGUGUCAGAAAGAAUGUUUUCAUCAAAACUUCCAUAAAACAGUGAAAGUUAAUCAGAUUACCGAUUUACUCAUGAGAUUUCAAGUUUCACUGUUGAACUUUGAGUAUAAUUCUCGAUACUUUUCAAAUAGAUUAUAUAGAGAGCUUGUGAAAUAAUUUCAAUGUAGUUUUGGAACACAGCAGAGCACUUUCGAAACUCAACACAUUUCAAAACUCGGAAUGUUUUCAUAAGUUAUAUAAGAAGUUUAUGCAAAAUUUUUAAUUCGAGACAUCUUCAAUAUUCAUAUUGCUCACAUAUUGAAUUUAGUUGUUUUAAUUCUUCAAAAGAAGUUCAGCAAUUAAACAUCAAAUGAACUGGAUUUAAAAUUUGGUUCAGUGACAGUUCAUAACUGGGACGGUGUUUUUAAUAAAUAGCAAUGCAGAAUAGCCUGAAUAUUAAAUCGAAUUGAUAAUGAAAGAAAAUCAGCUAAGGACAUACUCGUGAUACGAGUUUUUUUUGGGAAAUAAAAAAGAAACUCGAAAUGUUUCUUUUGUGCAAGAAACAUGUACGGGUUAGCAUUUAAUUAUUGUAAUAUAUUGUCGACCUUGUGAGAAAGAGACGACAGAGGAGAAUUGAAUUGAGGUGGAAAAAUUGAGGAAAGGCGGAAGAACGUUCGCUAUUCUCGAAGACGCACGCUGGCACGCAGGAGAAUAAACUUGUCCAUCCCGAAGCCAUGAACCUCGCGCUGCAUGGACUUUUGCUUCACGUUAUCUUGUCGAUGAUUCUGGACUUUCAGAAUGGCUUUGGAUUAUGCAGCGCGGGGGAACCUGGCUAUUUGGAUUUCGACAAUCUUCCGGAGACCAAUUUCUCAUGUCAAGGGAAGGUGAUUGGAGGAUAUUACGCGGACGUCGAAGCAGGUUGCCAGAUGUUCCACGUUUGUACUAUAGGUCAAAAAGACUUGAUUGCAGAUGAAAUAAUGGAUAUAAAGUUCCUUUGUUUAAACGGCACCGUAUUCGACCAGGAAACCAGAGUCUGCGAAAGGGUCGACGAGGUUGACUGCAGUAAGAGCGAAAGAUUCUACAAUCUGAAUCUGGAACUUUAUGGAAAUAGUGCUGUGACCCUCAGCCUUCACGAAAGAGAUGAAGAUGAUCUACCUCCAGAAUCCUUGGAAGAGCAACAGCAUCGAACUUCUUCAGUAAGGCCAAUUAGUACCACCACAUCAACCACAACAACCUCAAGACCUAGUCAAUCAUCAACGACUGCUUCUAAUAACAAUUUUCAACACUCAACUGGAUAUCCACAGGUCUAUCAACCCCAACCAGCUUUUCCAUCCGUGCAAUCAAAUCCACCUAAGUCUAUUUAUGAUGACAAAAAUGGAGGAUAUCAUCAUCAAUAUAUUUAUCAUAAUGACGAUCGUAAUGAUAACCAAGCGACGUCCUAUCAACUUUUUAAUAAUCAGGGUGUUAGUUCAACUACACAUAAUCCUCAGGUACAUCAGGUCAGAUACAGUUCAACUCCAAGUCGUCAAAUUAUUCACAAUGAGCCAUCCACUGUUACUCCCUUAUUCCACACUUCGUCGACUAUUCAAACUUUGCUAAAUAACAAUCCUAAUGGACCUUCAAUAAUUAAUCCAAUUUUCCACAACCACGGCAUUAGCAGCACUACCGAACACUAUUCCAUACACAGUAAUAUUGCUAGAGAAACUCCUGAGUAUCAAGACAAUGACGAUGAACAUGAUGAAGAGAACGAACAUAUAGAAAAUGAGGAAAGAAGGAGACUAGAACCGUUACAGUCGACAAACAAGGGAAAAGUUUCCAAGUUGUCGAUAUCACCAUUACCUCAAGAGGAGCCAUCUCGAUCAACAAUACAAACGAAGACGAGUCAAUCAUCUCAACUCAACAGGGUACCAGUUAAUUUCCUGCCAACGCAAUCGACAAUUCAGACGACGUCGAGAACAUUCUAUCCUACCUCUAGAACGUCUUCGAAGCCUCAAAAAAUGUCGAGUCAGAGAAUUAUGCAGCAACACAUUCAUGUGCCACCUCUCCCAAUCAUACCAAAUUUGAAGCCUCGUCAAGUAACCAUUAAUUUGUCUCCACCAGAUAUUCAAAAAAUUGUACAAAACCCACCACCUUUAUUACCAUCUCAAUCAAGAGUGAUCGUCACAGCAAAAGCGAGUGUCAGUGAUGAAUCUGGUCGUCCACUUAAUACAAGUCAACUAAUAACCCUUCCACUUCCAACAAUUCCCUCUAGUUACGAUGACUACAAGGAAGGCGACGAAUCAUUUGAUCCAUUUUAUCGAGACGUACCAAAGAUUCAGAACAAUCAAAGAAUCGUUGUUAGCAGUAGAUCUUCAAGGUCACCAAAUGGGAGAAUCGUUUUUCAUCGAUACAAACGUGAUGUUUCUAAAGGAAGUAGCCGAUACGUUCAAAAAGUUGAUCAAAAUAAUUUCAAUGAAACCGAAGUCUCUUCAAUAGUACGAAAUUUAAGAAAGCUAAAAAAUAUUUUUUUCGCAACCGAUUUUGACGAUUCUGAUGAACCAAAUUACUUCAAUGCCGAAGAAAUUCCUACUAACCUUGGAUCACGUUUGAAACAUGGUAACACGGAUUAUACAGAUGAUAAUAUAAAAUUAGCGACCAAUAAUUCUUCCAGAGCAGAAUUAGCCGAAACAAAAGCAAAUAAUACAAAAACAUCUAAGACAAUAAAUUCCACCGUUAACAGAAGAAAUGCGGAAACCGAACAAGUUGAUAGCAUCUAUCGUGAGAAAGACAUAAAGAAUGUAGAAAUACCAUCUACUCUAGAUGCGAAAAAUUCUGAAAAUGACUAUUAUGAUGAUCAGGAAGAAAUUACCAACAACCGUUCAAAGAUUAUAUUUGAAAAUCCGGAUAUUAUUAAACCUGGUAAACUAAAGGUAGAAUAUUACGAUGAAGAGGAGGAACUUCCAAAUAUAAAUUAUAAAGAGAGAAGUGAAAAUAUAACUGCAAUAACAAGUUCAACUACUGAAGAACCAGAAGUCGAGGAGUAUGUUUAUGAUCCCGAUGAAUUAUAUUCUGAAGAAUUUUAUACAUCUACCAAAGCUCCAACUACGAUUUCGAUAACUCCAAAAACUCAAUUAACUUCUGAAAAUCCAACCAAGUUUCCAAAAGUUGAAACAACUACAACCGUAAAAUCAACUACAACACCAUUCUUAAAAUUAAAUUCUAAUAACUUUUCAAGUACAAAAAGGCCGGAUUCAUUAAUUACUGAAGAUUAUACUGAAACAAAGGGAAAAAUUUCUAUUUUAAACAAAGAAGAUACAAAAUCUUCGGAGAAAGUAAAUAUUCCUGAACUUGGUGUUACAGAAAGUGUAUCUGGUUUAAAUUUUACUCAACCUGAUAUUAAGGACAGUAAAUCCGUCAAUUUAAAUAAACUUGCAACCAAAGACACUGUUACAUCAGAUUCAGCUUUAAAGAAAGAAUCUAAAGAAUUACUGGAGACAAAGUCGUCGUCGAAUCGUAAAAAAUCUAAGUCUUCUGAAAGUACAGAAAUUUCAGAAGAAAAAAUUGUAAAACAUAAAAGACCUCAAUAUUCUGAAGAAGAAGAAGAAAUUGACAUACCAAAUAAAUCUAGACGUAAAAAUAAAUACAUUCCUGAUUUUGAUUAUUUAGAAGACGACGAUUACGAAGAUUACUCUGAAGAGCGAAGAUUAGAACGACGGAAACAAAAUAACAAGCGGCGAAAAGCACAUUCUCAAAGCAGAAGCCGAUUAAAUGAUUACGAUACUGAUGAUCUUCGAUCAAGAAGUUUUUCAAGUCGGCGAAAUUCACAGCGAGGUAGAAAGACUGAUGAUAAUAAAGACAGAGGAAAAUCUUAUAAAAAUGUUAGAGGAAGAAAGAAACCCAUUUUAGUAGAAUCUGAAUCAGAAGAAUUAGAUUAUCCAAGCGAAGAUUAUUAUUCUGAUGAAUUGAAAAAUACAUCUUUAGAUGAUGAUUCGUACGAGUAUGAGCUUGAACGAGAGAGAAACCAAAGAAACAAAGGUCGAAGAAAUAAAGGUUUACGCUACGAAGAUCCUCAUCGAAGAUCUAACAAUCGCAGAAAAAACCAAAGCAGAAAAUUUAGAGAUGAAUACGCCGAUUAUGACUCCCGAGAAGCUUCAACUUUUUCAAGUCGUGAGGACGAAAGUUCUUCCGACUGGUAUUAUCCAACAUCAAAAGAACUUCCCGAUGAUUCACAGACGGACAUAAUUGAAGAAGUUUACACGGAAGACUCCAGAAAUUUGGAUGAUGUCACAACAUCUGUAGAAGAUCUCACGACCGAAUUAUCUUCUGAGGAGGAAACUUCUGUUCAAGACGAGCUACCUUCCUCUAAAGAUGAGAUAUCAUCUGCCGAAGAUGUAACAUCAUCCAUUGAAGAUGAAGUACAUCAGGAGGAUGUUCAACAAACAACAGAAAAAGUUUUAGAAGUGACAGGGAAAAGAAUAUCGGAAUCAAAUCUUGAAGAAAGCAAAACCGAAGGAGUACUAAAAUUCACAGACGAAUUAUCGCAAGAUGAACGAUUAAGUACAACAACCGAGACGACUAUUGAAAGUCCAAUGAAAGAUCAAAAACAAAGUUCAAUAAAAGACAUGCAAGAUUAUGUCGAUGACAACUACGAGCCCAACAAUUAUAAAGGUACAAAGAUGAAUAAAUAUGUAUUUAUUGAGCGAAAUACAACUGAAGAACAACUGCAAAACAAUGAUAAUAAGGAUCUUGUGGAAUUGAAAAAGGAAAAAGAAACAAAAUCGAGAUCUGAAGAGCAGGUUAAAUUGAAUGACAAAAACAUAAAACGAAUAAAACCUGAGAGCAAUGAUUAUAGCAAACAUGAAUUAGGUGAAAUGGACCUCACAGAUAAUAAUUAUGAAAUGAAAUUAAAUAAAACGAAGAUUGAAAAGGUUGAAGAACGAGAAACUACUACUACUACUCCAAUAAUUACCACAUCGAGAACAACAAGAAGAGGUACACGAUCGACAACAAAAGCAACAGCUCGAACAACGCCUCCUAAACUAUUCAAGCCUUUAACUGGUAAACGAAAUUAUCUUUUUAUUCCACCCUCGACAACUCCACUUCCGGUUGUAAUCAAACGGAGAAUUUCCCUCGUACAUCCUCGACCUGCAAAGCCUCCAAAAUCUUAUAAUGAACUUGCUCCAAAACCAGUCAUCAGGAAGAAGCUUUUAGAAGCAAGAAAAUCAAUAAUUGAAACCACUUUGACUUCCACCACAUCAGAAUAUGAAGACUAUUUACAAAUGACUCCUGAGCCCAUAGGGUCUUCUGAAAAUUCAAAAUCCCAAAUAGUAACAGAAGACAAUUUGCAAACUACAUCGGAAACCGUUCUUGAACAAAAGAUAAUUUCAGAUAACUUGGAUGAACUUUUUCCUACAAAGGAGAAUUACGAUAACUCAGCAACAGGUAACUCUACAAAGGAAAAUAAAGAUAAAGCAGAGCUAGAGAAUAAGAUAAAUAGGGCAAAAAUUGAAAAUAAGAAAAUAGAUGACAAGCAGAAUGCUGAAAUAAUUAAAGAAAAAACUGAAGAACUGGAAGAAGACAAAAACGAGAGGAAAGAAACUACAGCUGUAGACGAUUACAUAAAAUAUCCUUACUUACUUUCUAAAUUAUCUACAACGACUUCUACAGAAAAAACAACUGAAGGAACUACAAAGGAAACUGUUGAAAAAAUAAAAAAAGAUGCUUCUCCCGACACUGUUACUAGUGUAACAACUGAAGUUCCAAAAUUAACAACUGAAAUUCCAAAAUCAAUUGAAAUAGAAUCAACUCCAUUUUCUAAACCAGACAAAUUUGAACCAAAGUCUGAAUCCACAAAACCUGAGAUAACUCUUCUCCGAUCAUCGAUAAUACAAAAAACCUCCAAAAGAACAAAGAAAGAACCGUCAAAUGUGGGUGGAACCUAUCAAGGAUUUAAUUGUCUUGGAAAGGAAAUGUAUCGUUUCUAUGGUGAUAAAAGAGAUUGCAGAUUGUUUCACUAUUGUUCACCAGGAUUCACGUCGUCGCAGGUCCUUGACUUUAAAUUCGUUUGUGAGCAAGGAACUCAUUUUGACGAGUCAACUCAAAGUUGCAGGCACAACUAUAAAAAUUCCGAAUGUACUGUAAGAAUUUUCUGGUAAACAAUUGGUCCACAUGAAUUUCGAAAGUUAUUUUUAAUUUGUUACCUUUUCACAAGGAUGUCAAUCCUGGUAAGAAAGCUAAUAUUAAAUUAUAUUGGAAAAUUUGUUUUUGAGACAUUAACCUUUAAUAUUAAACAUGCGAAAAAGUUCACAAAGUGCUACUUUAUCAAUCAAUGUGUAAAAUAUUUCAUUUUCAAUGAGUAGGUAAAGUAAAUUAACUAGACCACCGGUGGCAUAGCAAUUGUGCGAUGUCUAUUUUUUUAAUGACUAUGAAAUAACUUUAAACUUGAAAAAAAAUAAUAAAUACAAAUUUUUUCCCUUUUUAUUUUCAAAGGACAUAAAAUUUUGAAAAAAUGACUUCUUUAUGACAUAAAAAUAUUGAGUUUUCAAUCAGGUAUUUAAGGGGACAUUCCAGUUCAAAACAGGCAAAAAGAAGGCUUUUUUAGUGUAUAUUAU